AAACACAAGUCUGUCUCAGGACACACAAGUUUGCCUUGCUGCCUGGCAGAACUUUUCUACUCACUACAUCCAUGAAAUAAUCGCUUUUUUAAAAACUUUUAUUUUGUAAUUGAACUCUGGGGUCCAUUAGAACACAUCCUUAUUGUGGAAUGGCUGAUCUGGUGCGAAUUCGCAGGAAAAGGUUGCAGAUACCCAUCUCUAGGCUGAGGAGCAUGCUGAAGCAGCUGGAUGAGAAACAUGUCGACUUUGAAGAAAUUAAAAAGAAUCUGGAUGUCACAACAUCAUUACUAGAGGCUGUAUACCUCGAUGGAACAAGACAGUGUUUGGAGUCUGAAGAUGACCUUCAGCAACUACAGUCAGAUGGUGUGCCUUCAGAGGUAACCGACUGGCUGGCGUCCACCUUCACUCAGAGGACACGACGUCCCGCCCGACGUUCCGAUGAGAAGCCUAAGUUUCGCAGCAUUGUCCAUGCAGUGCAGGCUGGAAUAUUUGUGGAGAGGAUGUUCAAGAGGGCCUACACUGCAGCCAUGCCAGACCAGCCUGCAGCGGUUGUAAACUGCCUCAGGGAUGUUGACCGCUGGAGUUUUGAUGUGUUUGCCCUGAACUCAGCCAGCUCUGAUCAUGCAUUACAGACUGUGUUUCUGGAGCUGAUCACCCGAUAUGAACUCAACAGCCAUUUCAAGAUCCCCAUCUCGUGCCUGACAGAGUUCCUGUGUGCACUGGAGAGAGGAUACUGCAAAUACAACAACCCGUACCACAGCCACGUUCAUGCUGCUGAUGUCACUCAGACGUUGCACUGCCUGUUGCUGCGAUCUGGAUUGGUGCACUGGCUGUCAGAACUUGAAGUGAUGGCUUCACUAUUUGCAGCAGCCAUUCAUGACUAUGAACACACAGGAACCACAAACAACUUCCACAUCCACACAAAGUCAGAGUUUGCAAUGAUCUAUAAUGACCGGUCAGUACAGGAAAGCCAUCACCUGAGCGCAGCGUUCCUCCUACUGCAAGAUGAUCAAAAGAAUAUCUUCAUGAAUCUGACCAGAGAAGAAUGGAUGGAACUGCGGUCCUUGGUUAUAGAAAUGGUUCUGUCAACAGACAUGUCCUGCCACCUUGUCCAAGUAAAAGCGAUGAAGUCCUGUCUACAACAACAAGAACGGAUUGACAAACCCAAAGCACUUUCACUGUUACUGCACACGGCUGACAUCAGCCAUCCAUCCAAACCCUGGACGCUGCACUCUCGCUGGACCAAAGCCCUGAUGGAAGAGUUUUUCCGACAGGGUGAUAGAGAGGCAGAGCUCGGCCUGCCCUUCUCUCCUCUGUGCGAUAGAAAAACCACCCUGGUAGCUGAGUCCCAAAUUGGCUUCAUAGAUUUCAUUGUGUAUCCUACAUUCUCUCUGCUGACGGACAUGGCUGAAAAGAUCGUUAUUCCUCUGGUGGAGGAGAACCCAGGACCACUCGAUCCCUGCAACAGGCACAGUAAUCUUUGGAAAGAGAGUUCCAGAGGUUUACAGUGGAGUCUGGCCCACAUCACAGCUGAGCUGGUGAGCUUCCGCUCGACUUGGACACGGCACACUGAAGACAACAAGCUCAAAUGGAAGGAAAGUGGCUCCAAUGGAUUUUCAGAUCCCAGUGUGGCCAAAGAGCAGCCAUUCAGACAAGAGGACCUGUCAGAAAAAAUCCUGCAAAACCCAAAUAAUGACACAAAACCAUAGUGAACAUUGAUUGUAAUUUUUUUUAAAAGCAGAGGUGUAACUGAGGUUAACGUUAAGUCACUGUAAGAAAACCGUGAUGCCUUCUUUUAUUGACAAACAGGAAAAUGAAAUUCAUGUUCCCAAGGAAACAAGAGUAUGUCUUAUUUUAAUUAUGAUGUAUGAUAAUUUAAAUGCACAUUUAACAUGCUGGCCAUGUUAUGCAGUACAAUCCAUGUCAUUAUUUAAUAAGACACUGAAACACUUGUAAGGGGUAUUUUACCUUUUAUAACUCCACAUUUAACUGUCCAUUAAAUCUGGAAAAUGUU